AGAUCUUCUAUUCAUACCACUGCAUCUGCUUUUUAUAUACCAAUUGGGUGUAUAAACCUAUUCCAUCACUAAUCACAACCACAUCAACUUAGCAUUAACUAUAGGCUCUAGGCAGGAACAGUCUAAUAAUCCUUUUUCUUUUUCAAAUUGACAUAGCAUAACAUUCAUACUAUUAUAAACUUUAUUCAUAUACACCAUUAAAAAUCAACCAUGAAGUUUAAUUUCUUUCCAAUCUUCUUUAUUUGCAUAUCAUUGGUAUUGGCUGCGGAUGCUCCUACAACUACAGCAAGUCCCACUUUGGUAUGGGUCACAGGUACCGAUGCCAACGGUAUAUUGAGAACCACUCAAUCUCCAUACACUCAACAAUUCUCAACCUUUUUCACCCUGGUAGCGGCACCAUCAUCAGGUGUUAUUGGAUUAGGGACAAUAAGUGGACUGGUUGGGGAGGUUCGAACAUAUGACAUAGUAACUAUUACCCAUAAUGGUGGGGGUGCUAGUAAUUUUGCAUUGGGAUUUGGUGACAAUAUGGAAGUUCUGGCUAUCAAAUAUUUGGGGUUGUCAUUAUUUGCAUUCAUUUCGUUGGUUUUAUUUAUUUAGCUUCGUUUUCAGGGAAGCGUCAUUUUCUUAUUUUCUUAUUUUCGUGAUUAUUUAAUAGAGCAUUUUAUUUUGAGAUUAACCUAAUGCAGG